AUGUCAUAUGAAUGCUCUCUUCACGGUAGAAUUUCCAAUAAUUUAAAGCCUCAACUUAUAGAUAGACUUAUUGGAAUUUUCAAAACAACAGAAGGACCAUCUCGUAAUGAAGAUGUUUUAUUAAGACUUAAAUCCCAUAUUGAUGAAAAUGAUUUAACUAAACGUCAAUGGCAAUUGUUUCAACUUGGACAUCCCGAAUCUCAUCUUGGUCGAUCUACUACCGAUAAACCAGCAACUGUUAGAGCUGUAUUUCAUUCAAAAAUACAUACUGGUGAUUCUUUAAAAUUUAUGGGAUUACUUGGUUACAAAAUGGGAUUUGAAUUUGCAAGAAAAGGAAUAGUAUUUAAUUAUCAUGAUAAUUUAAAAAUAAUCAUAACACAAAUCUUCAAGUUGGAAAAACCAAAUGAUGUAAGUUCGUUAAUACCUUUUGAUCCAAAAAAUUAUUGGAUUGUUGAGGUUUCAACAGUUCCUAUUUUACAACAAGAUGUAGAAAAAAAUAUCGGAGAGCUUCGAAAAUUUGCGGAAAUGUUGAAAGGGAUUUUGAAUUUACAUUACAUUGAACAUUCGAUAUUGCAAAACAAAGUUCAUCAUUAA